AUGUCUAAUCCUUCAUUAGUACUAAAUAAAAUUGAUGAUAUUUCAUUUGAAAAUUAUCCAAUUCCUGAAAUUGUAGAUCCUCAUGAUGUUAUAGUUGAAGUUAAAAAAACUGGUAUUUGUGGGUCAGAUAUACAUUAUUAUAAACAUGGUAAAAUAGGUCAUUUUAUUCUUAGAAAACCUAUGGUUCUUGGUCAUGAAUCAAGUGGUAUUGUUUCUAAAAUAGGGUCUGAAGUUACUUCAUUAAAAGUUGGUGAUAGAGUUGCAAUUGAACCAGGCGUUCCAUCUCGUUUAUCCGAUGCUUAUAAAUCUGGUAAAUAUCAAUUGUGUCCAUGUAUGUCAUUCGCAGCUACUCCACCAACAGAUCCAAGUCAUGAAAAUGCUCCAGGUACAUUAUGUAGAUAUUACAAAACUCCAGAAGAUUUUUUAUUUAAAUUACCUGAUGAUGUUUCAUUAGAAUUAGGUGCAAUGGUUGAACCAAUGACUGUAGGUGUACAUGGUAUUAAAUUAGUUGAUAUGAAAUUUGGUGAAGAUGUUAUGGUUUUUGGUGGAGGACCUGUUGGUUUAUUAGCAGCUAGUGCUGCAAAAGUUUUAGGAGCUAGAAAUAUUAUGGUUGUUGAUAUUUUUGAUGAAAAAUUAAAAUUGGCAAAAGAUAUUGGUGCUGCAACUCAUAAUUUUAAUUCAAGAAAUGGAAAUUAUAAAGAUUUAAUUAAAGCAUUUGAUGGAAUUCGUCCAACUGUAGUUUUAGAAUGUUCAGGUGCUGAACCUUGUAUUCAAAUGGCUGUUUAUGCUUUAAAAGAUGGUGGUAGAUUUGCACAAAUUGGUAAUGCCGGUAAAGAUGUUUUAUUUCCAAUUGUUGAAUUUUCAAGUAGAGAAAUUUCAUUAUAUGGUGUUUUUAGAUAUGGUUAUGGUGAUUAUAAAACAUCAAUUGAAAUUUUAAGAAAGAAUGCACAAGAGAAUAUAAUUGAUUUUGAAAAAUUGAUUACUCAUAGAUUUAAAUGGGAUGAUGCUAUAAAAGCUUAUGAUACUACAAGAGAAGGUAAUGGAGUUGUCAAAUGUAUAAUAGAUGGUCCUGAAUAG